AUGUCUGGAUUUGAAAUUGCUGGGCUCGUCCUUACUGGCGCUGGAAUUUUGUUAUCUCCCGUCAUAAAGGCUUUAUUUGAUAGGUUCCUGAGUAACUGGGAUGGACAGAACCCAUCUAAUUAUGAGAUUUCAAUGAGUGUGCGGGCGCUCUCCUCGUCAAUUGACAAAGCUGAGAUUAAGCUUGAUCAAUUGAAAUAUGAAGAAGUGAAAGAUGAUUUGUGGCUGAGACUUCUUAAAACUGCAAUCUCUGAUGUAGAAGACAUGUUGGACGAAAUUGGAAUUGAUGGCCUCAAGCAUCGACUAAAAGCAGGCGAUAAGGUAUCCAAGUCUUUCCCCUCAGCUGAUGUUAUAACUAAUGUUCGAAAGAACAUAGAUGCCAUAAUCAGGAAUACGUUCGAUAACGGACGAAAGCCAGCAUCGUCCCCAGCAUCAGUAUUAGAUACCACUAAUCAUGAGAAUGGUGGGUGGGAUUCGGUAAAAGACUCGUGGCCAAUCUAUGAAAACCUCUCAAUGCCUUUGAAAAAAUGCUUGAAGCUUUUGUCGAUGUUCCCCCAGAGUGAUGUAUUUGAUCAGAGGGAUAACAUAGUCCACCUAUGGAUGGCUCUAGAUUUUAUUCAGAUACACGAGGGUUUAACAUUGCAAGAUGCAGGGAGAAGGUAUUAUGCUGAGAAGCUCCAAUCUUUUUCUUCAAAUGGUAUUAUACAUCAUCAAUUAGCAGAUGAUACGAUCCAUGAGCUUGCAAAAUUUGCUUCUCGUGGAGAAUGUCAACAACUAGAGGAUCGUUACCAAGCAAGAACCUGCUUACCGGCUUCUCUCCACCAUUUAUUAUCAAUACAUUGUACAAAUUUUUGGGAUACAUUUGAUGAUCUUGCUGUCGCUUUCACUGGAAAAAAAAAAAAAGAUACUGCUGCUGCUGGUGCUAGAUGUGAAAAAUUGCGAACGAUUAUGCAUAUCAAAACUAAAAGCAAUCCUGCUCCUGCUUCUGCUUCUGCGCCGCAGUCAAUGGCAGCAGCAGGGCACGCACAGGCAUCAUCUACCAGGAGUGAACCACCUGAAAGGCAAAGUAGUCAUUUUGCACGCCGCCGUUUCAAAAGAUUGCCGUCGAAGAUACGCUCCUCCAUUCCGGGAUUUACAUCCUCCUCCAAUGAACUUGGACUUUUCAAACGCUUACGCGUGUUGGAUAUAAGCUGUGGUUGUUGCAUCAUUCAAAUUCCAGAAUCUAUUGGUGGAUUGAAGCACCUCCGAUGCCUUAAUCUCUCCAACGCUGAAAAAAUUGUGGAGUUGCCCAAGACAAUUUGUAAACUUCUUAGUUUACUGAUAUUGAAACUCGAUGGUUGUUUAAAGCUUGAGGAGUUACCCCCUUUGAACGGUCUUGUAAGCUUGCUGCAUCUUAUUCUAGACAAAAAGAAACGUUUAGUUUCCAUGCCAGAAGGAAUUGAGCAAUUAACCAACCUUGAGACAUUUACUGGGGCAUUUGUCGUGGGGAAAAAACAUGGAAAAAAUAUUGGUGUGUUGAAGAAUAUGAAUAAUCUUAGAGGAUCACUUUGCAUUUCAAAUCUUGAAAAUGUCUCGACGUUGGAAGAGGCCAAGAAAGCUGCACUAGAUGAUAAACCGGGUCUUAGUCAAUUGAAGUUCGAGUGGAAGGAACCCCCUAAAAAGGACAAAUUUAAGGAUGUUCUUGAAGGCCUCAAACCACAUGGUAAUCUGAAAAAGUUGAAAAUUUCAGGCUAUGGCGGUGAGAUUUUCCCAAACUGGGUGUCCAGUGUCUCCUUCAUAAAACUUGAGAAAGUUUCUUUGAUCAAAUGCAAGUGCCUUCCACCCCUUCGGCAUCUUCCAAAUCUCAACUCACUUAGUAUUAGUGGCAGCGAUCAAAUAGAGUUGAAAGAUGGCUUCUUUUUUGAAAUUGGAAGUGAUCCAGAUUGCAGCGGAGAUGGGUAUUCAUCACUCAAGAUACUUAAGUUCAAGAAUUGUACAAACCUAGAAAAAUUUGAUGAGCUUCAAAAGUUCAACUGUUCUCUAGUAAUUAAACGCUGUCCAGCUCUAACUGACUGGAUGGAUCAACAGCAAGCAUGGACGAAAGGAUUCGAUGCAAGCUGCAUGUACCAACGCAUUUGA